UGCGAGUAUAUCUUCUUAUCUUUUUAAUCUAUGAUUUUACACAUGUAUCGAUAAAACUAAUAUUUGUAUAAUUGUUAAUAUCGACAAAUUUACUAGGCGUGCUAUAUAUAAUUCCCGUCACACUCCAUAUCCUGAUAUUACUUCAAAAUGGACGUAAAACCAGAAAUGUAUCCCGGGUAUACAAAUGAGGCUCAUCCAGAAUGCUUCAAUAAAGAGGCGAUGCCACAACAACCGUCGGUAAAGAAACCAGGUCAAUUACCGGAAUCAAUGAUCAAACAGUAUUUUGAAAAGGGUUAUAUCAUUGUGGAGAAUUUUUUCAAACCGAAGGAACUGGAGCCCUGUAAACGUGACAUAGAAAAACUGGUGGACGAAGUGGCACAAAAACUAUACACGGCUGGUAAAAUUAAAGGCUUAUUUAAAGAAUAUGGACUUUACGAAAGAUUAACAAAGUUAGAGGCAGAAUUUCCAGGAUCAACAAUUCUAAUACUGAAACAAGGUUAUAUGCCAAAGGCAUUUCAACAGUUAUGGUCAAAUGAACGUUUGUUAAAUGUAGUAGAACAACUUAUUGGUCCAGAUAUUGUAGGCCAUCCAGUGUGGAAUCUACGCUCCAAAGUACCUAAAAAUGAAGCCACUAUAGUUCCAUGGCACCAAGAUGCGGGAUACCUCGACAACGACUCGUACAAAGUUAUGCAGCCUACAGCAUGGAUUCCAUUGAUAGAUGCAAAUGAAAAAAAUGGAUGCUUGCAGAUUGCAUCAAGAGGUCAUAAAACUGGUAAAAUAGGUCAACAUCAAUGCUGUUGGGGAGGUACAUGGUAUGUUAUGUUGGAGGAGGAGGAGAUGAAAAAUAAACUAGAAAUUGAUAUAGACAAGGAUCUAGAGAUAUGUCCUGUGCCUUUUGGUGGUAUGGUUCUAUUCAACAAUGUUAUUCCACACAGAAGUUUGCCAAAUGUUUCAAAAGACAUACGAUGGAGUUUGGAUCUUCGAUGGCAGAGGCCGACAGAACCAUUUGGAUUCUACAAUUUAAAAGACGGAGUUUUGAUGCGGUCGUCAAAGGAUCCCAAUCUUCAGAUUGACUGGGAGACAUUUAAUAAACUUGAUCGACAUCAAGAACAACGUAAAGCUAUGGAUGUUGAACCUGCAGAAGAAAGUGAAUUUGAUUUGACAAUGCCUGGACCAUGGAUGAAAAAAUGGGAAAUGGUUCACAUGAAUAUGCAUACUGACAGACAAAAGGAAUUAGAUACAAAAGCAUAACAAAGUAAUACUCCUAAAAAAAAGCAAGACAGUUAUAGGAUGCAAUGCAGCAAUGUAAUUCCUAAGCAAUAUUGUAGAUCAUCAUUCAUUACAUAUAGUUCAUUUUAUUUGACUUAUAAUAUAUUCACUCGUACAAAUAAAAUUAUUUGACUGUGAUGGCUUUCAAGAUAUUAGACCAUUACCUGCAGUUUAUCCUUUUAAGCUAUUUUUAGCAAUCGUGGCAAUGCUGGUUUGAUUAGAGAGUCAUUGGACAUAAAAUUGUAAAGUAGAGUCCGUAAAGAAGGUUCAGAUUAAAUAUGGUCACAGUUGGCCCAGUGGUUGUAGAGAAGAAGAUUUUUUAAGUUUAUGCAGGACAACGGACGCUAAAAAAAUUAAACAACACUUUAUAAAUUUCAUGCGUCCGAAACGCUUUUCUUGAUUUACCUUCACCAGGAACACUCAAAGCCGAAUAUUUGAAGGCCAAUGAUGUAUAAGAACCGAAACAAUUGAAGAGCUAUAUGACCAAAAUGGACUUAUACAUAUAUAUAUAGCCAAAUCCAUCUGAGAGAAUGAGUUGAAAACUUAGUUUCUUUAUAAUUUAUAAAUUUAUAAACGAACAAUUGAUAAGAGAAAAACCUCACACUAGCCCUUCGGACAUGUUAGCUAAAAAUGAACAAGAGUAAGACUAUCUGCUAUGAGAGGGCAAACAGUUUUGAUUUAUUAGAGACUUAAUUUAUUCCCUCCAUCUAUUCAUGAGAUGACAAUUGUAUGAGAUGACCAUUGUAUGAGAUGACCAUUGUAUGAGAUGACCAUUGUAUGAGAUGACAAUUGUAUGAGAUGACCAUUGUAUGAGAUGACAUUUGUUUAUAAAUGUUAUAUAUAAUUCUCUUGAUGUACAUGUGAAAUGUAAAUAUUAAAGGUUUUUUUAUCAAU